AUGCCUUCUCUCUCCAGCAUCGUGGCCCUCGUCGCCGGCGUCUCGUCGGCCAGCGCUGGUGCCUUCCAGGGCUUCAACUACGGAGCCUCGUACGGUGACGGUACCGUCAAGGUCCAGUCCAACUUCGAGGACGAGUUCAAGGCCGCCCUCAACCUCCCCGGCACCAACAAGGCCUUCAACAGCGCUCGCCUGUACACCAUGAUCCAGGGCGAAGAGGGCACGGAGCCCAUCUCGGCCAUCCCCGCCGCCAUCAAGACCAAGACCAGCCUGCUCUUCGGUCUCUGGGCCUCGGCCGGUGACGAGAGGUUCAGCAACGAGGUCUCGGCCCUCAAGAACACCAUCGGGCAGUACUGCAGCCAGCUCGACGGCCUCGUCGCCGGCAUCUCGGUCGGCUCCGAGGACCUCUACCGCGACUCCCCCACCGGUCAGAAGAACGGCGAGAACCCCGGCGCCGGCCCCGACGUCCUGGUCGGCUACAUCAAGCAGGUCCGCGAAGCCGUCAAGGGCACCUGCCUGAGCGACGUCCCCAUCGGCCACGUCGACACCUGGGACGCCUACGUCAACAGCACCAACCAGCCCCUCAUCGAGGCCUGCGACUGGCUCGGCAUGGACACCUACCCCUACUUCGAGGACACCAAGGCCAACGGCGUCAGCAACGGCAAGGCCCUCUUCGACGCCGCCCUCGCCAAGGCCAAGGGUGUCGCCGGCGAGCGCGAGGUCUGGAUCACCGAGUCCGGGUGGCCGGUCUCGGGUGACAAGUCCGGACAGGCCAUCGCCUCCACCAAGGGCGCCCGCCAGUACUGGGUCGACGUCGCCUGCCCCCUCUUCGGCCAGACCAACACGUGGUGGUACACCCUCCAGGACGCCGUCCCCACCACCCCCAGCCCCAGCUUCGGCGUCCUCGGCAGCGACCUGAAGGGCGCGCCCCUCUACGACCUCUCCUGCAGCAAGGAGGCCUCGUCCACGUCUGCUACCUCGUCCACCGCCUCCUCCUCGGCCACCUCGGCUGCCGGCUCCGACGCCGCCAAGAACGGCGGCUCUUCCUCCGCCGGCUCUGGCUCUGGCUCUGGCUCCGGCUCCGGCUCCGGCUCCGGCUCCGGCUCGACCGCCACCUCUGCUGCCCAGAAGGCCGACGGCUCCGCCGCCUCUGCCACCCUGACCAGCGUCGUCGGCAAGGCCACCCCCUGGGGCUCGGGCGUCGUCAGCCCUGCCCCCUUCCCCACCUACGUCAGCGGUUCCGGCAGCGGCAACGGCACGACGCCGUCUAACGGCACCGUCACCUCGGGCGGCAGCGGCUCCGGCUCCGGUGCCACUUCCAACUCUGGUUCCGGCUCCGGCUCCGGCUCCGGCUCCGGCUCGUCGUCCGUUCCCGAGAGCAUUGCCGGCAAGGUCAACUCCUUCAGCGCCGCUGUUGUCGCCAUAGUCCUCGCCGUUGGCAUCCUGUAA